AUCACGCACUCCGGAGGACUGUCGCACACUAUCUCCUCUACUACCUCCUCUGUGGGGUUAUUCCGCAACUUGUCUCGGUUUUUCAUGAGAAGCGACUACUUUGUUGUUUUGGAGUUUUUGUGCUUUUUUCAGGACCGGAAAUAAUAAAGGAAUAUUUAGGAAUAAUUAGUUGGAUUGUUUUUUUUUCUCCGAGGAUGACGUUUUGGCAAUUUUUUCGUCUAUAGAGACACCUUGGGUCCGACACGGAAGACCGACAUUGCGCUCUGCCAUUUUGGAUUACGGCACUGUAUUUCGUUGAAUUUAUUAUCAUGAAAUGUGCAGGCAAAUGAAACUUAAUCCCGCGUCCACUCGUUGUAUGCCUUCAGUUCAUUCCGCACCCAGAUCCAGAUGAGAGAUCUCCCCGGUGGACCUGAACCGCUUUUACGCAUCCAGUCCCAGGAGCGCAAAGACGCCGAUUUCAGCGGUGAUCCACUGCGGAGAGGAACCGUGCUACCGUCCGUUUCCACGGCCACGUCUUGUCCAUCUCCUUCUGACCCUUCUCGCCAGGCUAAAAGGCUUCCUAUUCGGAUCGUAAAGAUGUUGACAGCGCACAGCGGCCACUUGCUGCACCCGGAGUAUCUCCAGCCGCUCACAUCCGCGCCUGUUAGUAUUGAAUUGGAUGCCAAGAAGAGUCCCUUAGCUCUGUUGGCCCAGACCUGUUCUCAAAUUGGCAAGCCUGAUCCUCCCUCCUCCUCCAAGUUGGCCUCCCUCUCCUCUGGUAGUCUAGGAGACAAGGAGUCCUCCAACCGGUCAUCCAAGCCUGGAGAGCAGCACCAGUCCCUAGAUGACAAAUCCAGCUUUAAGCCUUACUCCAAGCCAUCAGGCGACUGCCGUAAGGAUGUUCUUGUGACAAAGGGGCCACCAGAAAAAGCAGCUUUUAGGGUUCCAAAUGGAGGUUCCAGCGGGGGCAGUGCUUCAUGUCCAUCCUUCCCUCCCCACUCCCGGUCACCCAGCUCCAACUCUCCCCCCCUGCACACUCAGAGCCAGUCCCAUAGACAAAGUCAUUCCCCUUCCACACAACCUCCGUCACACUCCCAGGCCUCACACAUGGACAGAAAAACUGGGAGUCCAGAGCAGGCCAUCUCAGACAGUAACAGCAACAACAGUGCUGGCAAAAAAGACUCAGAUGCAGCUAAGUCAGGGAUGGAUGGGGCUCAGUUAGCCAACUCCAGCCAAGUACGAGCCACUGCUAACUCCAGUAAUGCCAGCUCCGCCAGCAGCCCGCGGCCAGAGAGCAAGACUGAAAUGCCAGCCUCUUCACAGUCUGGCCUGAGCUCUGGACACAUUGCACCAGUUUCGCCUUUCAAACCAGGACAUUCUGUUUUCCCCUUACCCCCAGCUGCCAUGGGCUAUCAUGGCUCCAUUGUAGGGGCCUAUGCUGGAUAUCCCUCACAGUUUGUUCCUGGUUUGGAUCCUACCAAGUCUAGUUUGGGCUUAGGACUUCCAGGAAAGCACCCCAGCUCCAGCCCACUCACUGGAGCCUCUCCUCCAUCUCUGAUGCAAGGUUUAUGCCGGGACCCCUACUGUCUGAGUUAUCCCAAUACACCCCACCUAGGAGGCAGUAACUGCUCCACGUGUGUCCAUGACCCUUCAAGCCUCAAGUCUGGUUUUCCCCUGGUUUAUCCCUCACAUCCCCUCCAUUCUCUACACUCAAGCUCCUUGUCCUCCAGCACCACUCCCUCCCUUUCCCACCCCCUUUACACAUAUGGUUUUAUGAUCCCCAAUGAGCCGCUGGCCCAUGUCUGCAACUGGGUGUCUGUCAGUGGUCCCUGCGACAAGCGCUUUGCCACAUCAGAGGAGCUGCUGGCCCACUUGCGUACACACACUGCCCUGCCUGGGAUGGUGGACAGUAAGCUGUUGUCAGCCUACCCUUCAUCAGUUUCAUCAACAGCCUCAUGCCAUCUCCACUUGCCCCCACCAAGCAGCCCAGGUGCCCUGCCCAGCUCAUUCUCCCUCCGUGGUUCCCCUGGCUUGGGCCUGGCCCGCUACCACCCGUACAGCAAAUCUCACUUGACUGGAGCCCCAGGACUUCCCAUGCCAUCUCUCCCCUCCUCCUCAGCCUAUUAUUCACCCUAUGCCCUCUACAAUCAGAGACUGGGUUCAGCCUCCGCCCUGGGAUACCAAUGAUAUCCCAAAUGGUGCAGAGGCCCACAGACUGCAGGCAUCAGCUGGACUCUCUAGAGCUGCCCUGAAGAUGGAUUGUUGAGACUGAGGUCAUGUCAUGCCUGCUGGCCACCCUGCCAGGAAUAACACCUGUUAGCCUCAGGAUUGUGACUGGUGCUCCAAAGGCAAAAGCCUGUGAUGGAUCGUGUGCUGCAGAGAAACAACAGACUUAAGUGAUUAAAGAUGGCUGGAAGCAGAGCUUGAAAAUGAUUAAAUUGUGGGAUUAUCACAACAGUCUUGAGUUUGUUUUCUGUUUUUUGUUUAUCCAAUAUCUGUCUCUGAGAAAUUAAAGACUGUAUUUAUUUUUCACUUAAGCGCUUGGGAUUCUACUCUGGGGGUAAAUUUUUGCUGUUCAAGUAAAUGAUUAAAGUACCAUUAUGCCUAUCAUACACUAAAAAUAAAAAGAAAAAAAGUUUGCACCAGUUUCAAGGCUUUAUUCUGGGGACAUCUUUUUUUUAAUCACGUUUCCUGUCAGUUAGUUUGUUCUUUGUUCUCAACUGUAUACAGAGACUCUGGAGAAUUGCAUGUCCUAGAGAAAUAUCUUGAACAAUGCUGUUAUUUUUAUUUGUAAAUAUGCAAAGAUGUAAUAUUUUUUCAGGCUUACAUGGGGUCAGCAGGUUGAGUUCACUGAUGCAAAUGGUGCAGAGAUAAGAAAAAAUGCACAAAUAAAAAUGGUGGCUGUGCUAUCCAACCGACAGGAAAGGUCCUAUUUUGUUUAAUAAAUGAUACUUGAUUGCA